AUGCCGAUGGCCCAACCACCCGAAGUCUUCGGCGAUUGGCCCCCACACUGGUACUACCAGGCAAGAAUGACGGCAAGAUCACUGGUUGCAGAAGGGAGCGACUCCAGUCAGAUGAUGAACUUCCUCUACUACCUGGUGUGCACCCGGGACGACCCCUACUAUACGGAGUUCCUGCCGCACAUUCUGGCGGAUCUUGAACAUACUCUGUCGGCUCACCUAGACCCGACGGCGGUGGUACGACCUCUCAAAGAUCAGGAAAUGAUGUGGGCGCGGUACGUGGAGGACGCCCUGCACCAGGAGUUCCUUGAAGAGUACUACCCGCAGGAACAAGCUCAGCUGGAGGCCAAGGCGGGCCUUCUUCCAAUUGAGCUGGUGACCCUGCAUGCGGCGGCGGACCCUGAAUCUGAGGCCCAAAGGGCGAGGCGAAAGGAGUUCAACCGGAAAAGGGAAUUACCCAGGGUGGUCAAGGUGAUCCUUGAUCUCCCCGUGGAGGGUGCCUCCUCCUCGUCGAGUGAUGAAAUGCCCUCGAUGCACUAUCGGGUUCACCAGGCGAUGGGCAAACGGGCGUGGCAACAGCAAAUCAAUGCUGACAGCACUCCUAUGUUGACCCAGCACGAACGCAAAGUGGUCUGGAUGCAAAGGGUCACACGCUUCCUUCGACAGGUACAUCUGGAAGGGGAUGAUGGCUGGGCCUUCCAGCUUCUUCGUCAGAGGGCUCUUGGAAGAGCAACUUCCAACUAUGUGAGCCGGGCCAUGGGCUACUUGAGGGAGAUCGAGGUGGCAGUGGCCCCAGCAGACACCAUGGGAGUUGAGCCGCCUGAGCACAUCAGUGAUUGGGCCAUCCAAGAAGAAGCCUCCUUGUACCGGAUCCUCACUACGUGGGAGCCUGAUGACGAGGUUCCCGCGACUGCACCCGUGGAUGUGGGAACUCAGGGACAACCGGCCUUCAUGGUGAACUUGACUGCGGAUGACGAGGUCCUUGCGGUUGCCGAGGGUAACGAGUCGGAAGGCGUUGAGGGCAUCGGGCUUGGGAGCAACAUGGAAGGUGACUACGGGGACCAGGAUGACACCGUGCACGUGCCGGCAUGCUUGACGGUGCACUCGCAUUCGAAUGACGAGGGUGUCGGGCAAGAGCAAGGGAGCACCUCCAACAAUGCCGUCGAUCUUACCCAGUGUGCUGACGGCAGAUGGAGCAUGAAUAUGGAGGGGGAUACGGAUGUGGUGCAAAUGUAUGACCUCACCCAGGACGAGGACGCCGGUGACUCUGAUGAGGUGUUCCUUAUGGAUAGGGCAAAGCCAAAAAAGCGCUGGCUUAAGAGUCGCUAUAGCCGAGGAAGCAGAAGGGCGCCCCCCGCUGUUGUCACCACGGAAGUGCGGCGACUCACGGAGGCAGGGAGGGCAAGUGCGAGGGCACCGCCAUCUACCACGUGCACUCCGAGUACUCCGGCUAAUUCGAGCAGCGGGACGGGAGAACCAAAGGCGAAAGCCAAGAGCAGGCCGAGGUCGUCGGGAGACUCGGCAUCGCCAGCUCCGACUCCUGGAACUCCCAUGUCCGCCCAGGAAGCACGUGACCUAUGGUUUAUUCUGCUGGGUGUUAUGGAUGAAGAUGCCCCGGCGGACUCCUUCCCGACCACGUUUCAAUGCAAUGUGAUCUCCGAGACCUUUCUGGGUUUGUCGUUGCAAGACAGAGUCACCUUCCUAGCUUCUCUCGGAAUGGUGACACAACGGAUCCUCGAGGUUGUCGGUAACUUGGUGCAGCUUGCCCGUGCAAAUGAACGAGACAAUGAAGAGGUGGAAGUUCCAAUUGAAGAGGACACGGCUGCACUGAUGCAGCAAAGCACGGCAAGGAACGAUGGUUGGUACGACGAGCUACGACUCCUGCAGGAGACUCUGGAAGGGAUGACGCAGGAGGAGAAGUGCUCAUGCUCUUUGCUCCUGCUGAAGCUGCUGGACUGGAAAUGCACAAACUGGGGAGCCGGACUGGUGGUGGGCCACGUCACCGGCCGCGCCGCGGACCUCUUGGCUCUCCUCACUGUGGCCUUCGAAGAGCGCAAGGGAAGGGUCAUGGAGUGCCGACCGGACGAGGACCGGGUCAUGCAACUUUGGCAGAGGGUCCAGCCAUACCUACCAAUGGCAACUGGAUCCAGAGCUCAGCGGGGAGUGCCACUGUGCAGUCAACGCCCGGCCUGGUGUGAACCACAUCACCAGCCAAACACGCCACCGAGCUCACCGGGGUCCCCAGUGGCAAUUGACUCGGCGGAUGCACAGCCGCUCCAUGGUGACCUGCCGGCUGUGAUCUUGGACCGUGAACUUGCGUAUGAAAGGGAACCCGAGGCUACCGAGGAUGAGGGACAGCGGCGCAGGGAGGAGGAAGAGCAAUAUGAAGAACAGCGUGUCCGGGAACACAUCCUCCAGAACCAGAAGGAGCAGGGCCGGGCUUACCAGGAGUGGGAAGACCGGGUGAUGGCAAAAUCGCUCCAGACGGGACAGACCCGCUCGAAGCGGAAGGGGAUCCAGUUGGAGCUCAGCUCGGGCAGUGCUGACGCGCCUCGAGUGGUUCGUCGACUCACUUUCCCCACGGACACCACACAGCUCAACAUCUGCAUCCGCUUGGUACAGGACAUGGAGGACAGUGAUGCAGAUACAGAGCCGGUGCCGGAGCAACCUACACCCAGGGAGUUGCCAUGUGGCACCCUGGCUCCGGGAGAGGGUGACUGCAGUGCAAGUGCCGGUGAAUUGGGGGUGGACCAGUACGAACAACUGCGACGAGCUCUACAAACAGGCACUACCAGCUUGGCGGAGAUCCAAGGCCAGCAUGGGCAGCAGGUGGUGGAGAUGCUGCAGGUUCAGUGGGCGAUGGAGCAAGCGUCUGACACACAGACGACGGUGCCCUUCUCGCCUCAACCUCAAGGGGACCUCUACCGAAGCUGGUUGGCAGGACACACAUCGGAUGACCAGGUGAUGCAUGCCCUGGGUGCCCACGGUUUGGAGCUCUUUCAGUCGGCUAAGGCACUGCAUGAGCAGGGGACAUGGCACGAAGAGGAUCACUACAUCGGUGGACCUGGGGGAGAGCACAAUGUGGGGCAAGCUGUUACGCAGAUUGACCUCGCGGUGGAUGAUUUGCUUGCAACAGGGCCGGGAGUGGGGCAGCGGCUUACCCACUGCGACCACUACCAGAAGAUCCAGCUGACCAAUUCGAGAGUUGAGGGCUAUGCUGGGUCCAGUGGCGAAUGUGACUGGUGUCGCUUUGUUCUGCGGGGUCGUGUCUCCUGGUGGCUGGCACUGCGGGCAAUGAGGGCCUACGGCUCGGAACAUGUCAAGACGCUGAUAGCGGGUGCGAGGCUUGCUGCGGAGCUCCAGGCUGUCGGUGACAUGAAAGAGGCUGAGGAGCUUCUUCGUCAGUCGGCCCAGGGACUGGAGGAGCAGCUCGGCGUGCUUCAUCCAACGACAGCUACUGUGUGCCACAACCUAGCAGUGCUCCUAGAUGACCAGGACAACCUGCUGGAGGCCGAGGUCUUUUACCGAAAAGCCUUAGAUGCCAGCGAGGUUCGGCUGGGCGAGUCGCAUCCGGAGACGCUGGAGACUGCAUCGAAUCUGGCAGCUCUCCUCUGCACGGCCGGGCGCGCACGCGAAGCGGCCGACUGUUUAAGCCGCUUCGACGGAGUCGGCUAUGCUACGCCUCGGUUCGCUUUGGUAGCUGCCCGCGUUUUGCAGGUGCCCUGGAUGCUCUUCUGGUUCAGUGUGGCUGUAGCAUCGGCAGAGCCGCUGUCUGUGGCCCUGUUCGGAGCGUCAAUUGACGGCGCGGAAUAUGUGGACAGCGACACGCAACUGGUGAACUCGCGCGCUCGCUCAUCUGCACAAAGCUCUCCACUGCAAGCUGACAAGCGGCCGCGGGCGAAUGCUUUCAAAGGAGAGGAGGUGCUGCUGCAGGAGGCAGCAGCUGUUUCGAGCUGGCAUGUUGCACAAAUCCGGGCCUUAGAGGGCCAUGAUGCGGCGGCAUGCUGUGUCGAUUUGUGCGAUGUCGUUUUUUACGAUGUGGAUACGGCCGAAGGCAUUCUUCGGUCCCUGCUGGACAGCCAGAAGGUCCUGCCUGACUACAUCCAGUGGGCCAGCGAAGAGCUGGCAACUGCUAAGGCCGGGCAGUGGCAGCAGCCCAUGGUUCUCGGCCCAACACCGCUAGGGGCUGCCAGCGCAGCCGCCAACUGCGCCGCGCUUGGCGUCCCGCAGGACCACACAUUGUGUUGCUCAGCACUUGCACCGGGUGCUGCUCGCCGGAGGCCUCCAGGAGGAAGCAUCGGGUCUGGAAGCGGAGUUCAACCUCGCGGCUGA